AUGGCCAAGUACAACUUCCCGUUCCGCGAGGGGACCGGAAUUCGGGCUCUGAUUCCACACAUUGCCCAGAACUGCGUCGAUAUGAUCAUUGCCAUGCUUGCUUACGAUCCGGACGAGCGCAUCACUGCCAAGGAGUCUCUCCGGCACCCUUACUUUGACGAUGUUCAAGACCCAUACAUCGAAGAGACACCAUCACAGUCCAUGGCCUCCUCAAGCAUCACCCUGAGCCAGACCGGUAGCUUUGGAUCAUCGGUGGUGCUGGCACAGGAGAAGGCCAAGGAGAAGGAAAAGGAGAAGGAAAAGGAGAAGGAGAAAGAAAAGGAGAAGGAACGAGAGAAGGAAAAGGAGAGAGAGCGAGAAGAGAACGGCCCUGCAAAAGCCCAGGAGCCCGUCACCCCACCAACCCCGCCAGCCCACUCGUACAUCAAGCAAUCCAAAAUCAAGACCGAUGCCGAAAACAGAUCAACCCAGGAGGCUGCAGACGACAGCACGACGAUCAUCGCGAAUGUCAAGCCGAUCAUCCCCGAGUCUGAGAAGCCGUACAAGUCGCUGCCAUACAAGGAGCCAUAUCUUGAGCAGGCGCAGGAAGGACAAGUAUCCAAAGCUGACCACCGACCCGACGCAAAGAGUGCCCCGAAGCCGGAGCCGGCCGAGAAAGCACAUCCGCUUCAGCUCCCAGCUAUACCCCAGCAACACGGUACACAGAUUACGGGUCAGACGCAAGGAUCGGGGCAAGGCCCGCAAAACUAUGGCAUGCCUCUGUCGCAGGCGCAUGACUACUCCGUAUCGUCUUCGCUGGCGUCUCUUCCGCCCCAAAAGGAGGUCAGCAGCCAUGCAACGCAUCAUGACAAUAGCGACAACAUGUCCUCAACGUCCACCAACUCUGCAUCCACUUUCUAUUCGAAAUUCAAGCAGCAGCAGCAGCAAAUGGAUAGCAUCGUCAAGGUCGGCGGAGGGGGCGGUGGUGGUGGUGGUGGCGGUGGCCGACGUGGCCCGGCACAGAUCUCGGCCAUCAAUCGGAAGCGCCAGUCAGGCGGACCAAAGAGGCGCGGCGGCAACAACUCGAACCCAUCGAUCGUCGCCGCCGUGGCCGAGGCCAGGGCCAAUGCCGCUCGAGACCCGAUGUGGCUGAACAACCAGCUCGGAAUCGUUGGAAAGACGACAGGAGGAAGCGGCGCUUCAAACAAGGAUUCCAUACUGCUACCGGUUCUGCCUGAAAAGGCUUCCAACAAAUCCUCAAACGCACCUCAGCCAUCCGGAGGCACAACCCAGACACUGCCGGCGCUCAAGCCCGCACCUGGCGCUACAAAGUCAUCGAAGCUGGAUGCAUCAUGA